AUGCCCAGUGAGUUUGCAUUAGUUGCGGCAGACGAUUUUGUUAUUCCGUUUCAGAGAUUCUGGAGCUUCAGUCGCCUGGUGAGGACCACAGCCUGGGUCCUACGGUUUGCGCGCUGGUGCCGCAAACAGCGAAACGAGCUCGAGAAAUACGGCCUUACUGCAGCAGAAUGUAAGGCUGCGGAGAACCUGUUGUUCAGACAGGCACAAUUGGAGUCGUUCCCCGACGAGAUGAGGUCGGCGGAAACUGGACAGGACGUCGGUAGAUCGAGCGACAUUCGAGGGUUGGUGCCCUACCUAGACGAGGACGGGAUUCUGCGAGCUAACGGCAGAAUUGAUGCCGCACUGUGCAUGCCGUACAGUGCGAGGAGGCCCGUAUUACUGUCACACAGUCACAGUCUGACAGAGCUGAUUGUGAGAGACUUCCACGCCAGGAUGAAGCAUCAAAAUGUGGAUGCUACGAUUGCGGAGAUCCGGACAAAGUUCUGA